AUGGAGUUUCUGCGCAGGGUACAUCGUUCCCAUGACCACGCCGGCGACCAGCAAGAUGGCGGUGGUGACUACUGGGGAGGCGACGAUUGGUAUCGUCGGGAUGGACCGGACGACGACGAGCAUUCCGAUGGGGUCGAGGUGUGGGUUCGCUCGACACGCCAAGAAGAUGAAGACCACGACGGACAGAACGAGGUGUGCGAUGGAUCGCACCACCCAAGCAUCGCUGAACCGGCCGAGACAGCACCAACACAGGUCGUGGAUGCGUCUAUUCCAGACUCGACCGCCUCACAGACGCCGAAGAAGCGGCGCUUCACGCAGUCCGUGCUCGGGAUUGGUCUGCAGCCCGUUAAGCCUGCACCGACUCCGCCGCCACCUGCCAAGAAAACAACACCUGUAGUCCGACUCACCGCAGAGGAGAAGAAGGAGAAGUUGUAUUUGAAGGCCCAGAAAAGCUACACGUCGGAAUGGCUUCCGCGGUUCCCAUGGUUAAUCCUUGAUAAAUCGACUGACGGUUUCCCUUGUGUUCGCUGCAGUGUCUGUAUAGAGCACGGGAAGGACGAUGCUCGCUACGGCCGCAAUGGGAAAGGAGGUCGGGACCUCCAGAUUGGGUCCUUUCGCUGGCACGAGAAGAGCGUGAAGCACGACGAUGCCAUGAAGAAGCAAAUGGGUCUGAUGAAGAACAUCGAGGAGCAGAAACGCAUCGAUGACUUUGCGAAGGGCGAUCCAGAGGGCGCGCGGAUUUCGCGGCUAAUGCGGAGCAUCGUGUUUGUGUGCAAGACGGACACACCGAUUCAGAUAGAAGCGUUAGCUGUCAAGAAUGCAGCAGAGGCCUAUCCAGACUUCAACAUUGUGGACAACGCCAUCAGGGCCCUCGGGUCGAUCGUCGGGAAGUCAACUCCCUGGUAUGAGCGGUUCAAGGAGUUGCAGCAGGUGUACCACAAGACCAAUCUAGAGCACCAGGGGCUCCACAACGUGCGCUGGCUGGCACGGGGCGAGGCAGUGCUGCGGAUGUGCCGGGUUCUUGGGGCGGCGAUCUGCGUCUUCAUCGAGUACGAGCACAAGAUAGCCAGCACCGUGCAGACGUUGAAGUUUCACUUCUGCGUUUAUUUUCUGGCAGACAUCUUGGCCGAGCUCAACAAUCUGAACCGGUUUUUCCAGAGGCGAAAGGUGGACGUCACAAUCGUGGCGCAGGAGGUGGACCGCACGGUGUCGUACAUCCAACACCGCUACAUCGACUACGAGACGAAGUUCGGGGAGGGCCUUAGCCCACAGCUGUCGCCUUUCCUGGAGCGCCACAAGGAUGGCAAGCGUGAGCUGAAAGUGGAGGGCGUGGACUCCAACGGCCGCGCAGUGAGCCAGGAGAUUGUUCUAAGCGAGGCGCCCAUCGCUGGCCACAAGUUUGGCGGAACAAUGCGCGACUGCGAGAAGAUGUGCAAGGCAUUCGCCAAGCAGACCGUCCAUAAUCUCACCGAGCGGAUGGCGGAUCUUCGUCGCAUGGGCGGGACGAGGCUGUUCAAGGUGGAAUCGUGGCCCCCCAACCUCGACACACGCGAGCGGCGCUGCCUCAUGUGGCUUCGGCAAAACUCUGUGCUGUUCAACAACUGUCUGCCCGUUCGUGCUACUCGAGUCAACGCCUUUGAGUCAACGCGCUGGUCUUCGAGUCAACUCGCUGGUCUUCGGGUUCCUGCUGCCUCGAGAGUCAACUCUUCUGCUGCUACCUCGAGUCAACGACCUGCUGCUGCCCUUCAGUCAACGCCCUGCUGCCUCGAGUCAACUCCCGGCCGCCUGGAGUCAACGUUCUGUUACUUCGAGUCAACGCUCGUCCUGCUGCUGUCACCAGGGAGAUGA